AUGCCCCACAAUAUUCAUACUGCAGAAAAUGCGUGUGCAUUUCUGGAGAAGAAAAAGAAAUGGACCUCUAAACCUGAUGAUUGGAACGUCAGAGAUGUAAACACGGAUGAUAAAUUGAAAAACUGGAACAAAUCACACGCUGAAGAAAUCAUUCCCGAUUCUGAUGAAUAUGAGGAUCCCUCGAGCGUUGCAUCAACUUCCGGGCAGUCAUCCAAAUCUCGCUGGAAUGACGAAGCAGUAAACAAAAAAGCGGCUAGCAUUCGUAUAAUAAACAAAAUCGAUGACGUAUCUCCAGUCGGACCAGACUUCAUUUAUUUGGAGGCCUCGCGCAAUUACGCAGAAGGAAUCUGUCAGUCAAAGCCAGAUUUUCUCCCUAGUUGCGAUUGCAAAGAUGGAUGCAAAGACCCUCUUCUGUGUCCAUGCGUAGCAAAAUCGCAAUGCAUAGACGAUAAUGGCAAACCCUCUCCAGCUUACGAUAGAAAGGGCCUUUUUCUGUUCAACCACACGCGGGAGGUAGUCGAAUGCAAUCAGAGUGCAGCAGAACUGCUCAUGCCGAAGUUGCAACAACAAUGUGUCGCAAAGAGCAAGGAAAGUACCUCUGGAAGUAUUCAAGGCGCGAAAGAACGGCUGGGGCGUGCGGCCGAGCGUUUUCGUUCCGCGUGGAACAGUGCUCGUACGCUGAUGAAAAGAGGUGAUGCAGCCACAUUAGGUCCGGAAGACAGGCAAUUCAGUUUCGACCUUGAUACUCGAGAUGACGAUCCAGAGUACCAAGACGCUCCUAAAUAUACCAUUGCCGCUCACGCUUCAGGUGUGUUCAGUGUCGAUCAAUUUUCUCUUUGCAUACCUAAACUUUGA